CGUUCUCUACUACUUCCAACCUUUUCGGCAUGUCGGGACGUGGAAAGCAGGGUGGCAAAGCUCGCGCCAAGGCAAAGACCCGCUCCUCUCGGGCUGGUUUGCAGUUCCCCGUCGGUCGUGUACAUCGUCUUCUACGCAAAGGCAGUUAUUCCGAGCGAGUAGGAGCUGGAGCACCCGUGUACUUGGCCGCUGUUCUAGAGUAUCUUACGGCUGAGAUCUUGGAGCUCGCUGGCAAUGCGGCCCGGGAUAACAAGAAGACACGAAUAAUUCCCCGUCACCUUCAGCUGGCCAUUCGCAACGACGAGGAACUGAACAAGUUGUUAGGUAAAGUCACCAUUGCCCAGGGUGGCGUUCUGCCUAAUAUUCAGGCUGUGCUGUUACCCAAAAAGACCGAAAGUCAUCACAAAACCAAAGGCAAAUAGGUCAUUUGAGUCUGA